UUGGGCAUCAACAACCCACAGGGCCAGAAGCGGUACAUCGCGGCCGCCUUCCCCAGCGCCUGCGGCAAGACCAACCUGGCCAUGAUGCAGCCCACCCUGCCGGGCUACAAGGUGGAGUGCGUGGGCGACGACAUCACCUGGAUGCGGUUCGACUCAUCCGGCCGUCUCCGCGCAAUCAACCCCGAGAACGGAUUCUUCGGCGUGGCCCCCGGCACCUCCAGGAAGACUAACCCCAUCGCCAUGGACACCACCAUCUUCAAAAACACCAUCUUCACAAACGUCGCUGCGACCAGCGACGGCGGCGUCUUCUGGGAGGCCUGGGGCCUGGAGGACGAGACUCCCGCCGAUUCCAGAACCUUGCAACUGGCGCAGUCGGUAGGACUGAAAGAAGUAGCGAAGUGUGUUGCCAGAGAUUUUAAUUAA